CCUCAUUCUCCACUCUCCACACGCAAUCCUUGGAUUCAGCUUUCUCCAUCUCAAUUCUCACAAGAGGCGCACCCAAGAUAUGGACAACCAUGGAGCCGGUAGUUAUUUCGUGGAUGAGAAGGCCGUUCUUGUCGAGAACAUUUUCUUCGACUUUCUCAAGAGUUUUCGCCUCAAUGGGAACUCUGGAGACCCUCACUACGAGGCCGAGAUAGAAACUAUGAUGACUGGCGAAUCAAACACCAUGUUCAUUGAUUUUGCUCACCUUAUGCGCUCCAAUGAUCUUCUUCACAUAGCAAUCGCUGACGAAUACUUGAGGUUUGAACCGUAUCUCAAGAAUGCCUGUAAGCGAUUUGUGAUGGAGCAGAAUCCUUAUUUUAUCGCUGAGGAUAACCCCUUCAAGGACAUAAAUGUUGCUUUUUUCAACAUUCCUGUUUCUAAAAGGUUGAGAGAAUUGGCUACUGCAGAAAUUGGGAAAUUGGUAUCUGUGACAGGAGUGGUGACGCGGACAAGCGAGGUCCGACCAGAGCUUUUACAGGGGACCUUUAAGUGCUUAGAAUGUGGAAAUGUCAUAAAGAAUGUUGAACAACAAUUUAAGUACACGGAGCCAACAAUAUGUAUGAACCCAACCUGUUCGAAUAGAACAAAGUGGGCAUUACUUCGGCAAGAGAGCAAAUUCGCUGAUUGGCAGAGGGUGCGAAUGCAAGAGACUUCGAAGGAGAUACCGGCUGGCUCUCUUCCACGAUCUUUGGAUGUUAUUCUCCGCCAUGAGAUGGUUGAACGUGCUAGGGCUGGAGACACGGUCAUCUUCACGGGUACAGUAGUUGUCAUUCCAGAUAUAUUAGCAUUAGCCUCUCCAGGAGAAAGAGCAGAAUGUCGUCGAGAAGCUUCAGAGCAAAAAAACUCCGCGGUUGGACAUGAAGGGAUGAGGGGGCUACGAGCACUGGGAGUGAGGGACCUGUCUUAUCGUCUAGCCUUUAUUGCAAAUUCAGUCCAGGUUUCAGAUGGCAGAAGGGAUUUUGAUAUCAGAAAUAGGAAAAAGGAUGCUGAUGAAGACAACCAGCGUUUUACCGCUGAAGAGCUUGAUGAAGUUCAAAGAAUGAGGAAUACACCCGACUUCUUCAACAGACUUAUUGAUAGCAUUGCACCAGCAGUCUUCGGUCAUCAAGAUAUCAAGCGAGCAAUCCUGCUAAUGCUGUUAGGUGGUGUCCACAAAUUAACUCAUGAAGGCAUUAACCUUCGAGGCGACAUCAAUGUCUGUAUAGUAGGAGAUCCAAGCUGUGCGAAGUCUCAGUUUCUUAAGUAUACUUCAGGUAUUGUGCCAAGAUCAGUUUACACAUCUGGAAAGUCCUCUUCUGCUGCUGGAUUGACUGCAACUGUAGCCAAAGAACCAGAAACUGGAGAGUUUUGCAUUGAGGCCGGUGCGUUGAUGCUUGCUGACAAUGGAAUUUGCUGUAUUGAUGAAUUUGACAAAAUGGACAUCAGGGAUCAGGUUGCAAUUCAUGAAGCUAUGGAGCAGCAGACCAUAAGCAUAACAAAAGCAGGAAUACAGGCAACACUAAAUGCUAGGACAUCAAUCCUUGCUGCUGCAAAUCCAACAGGAGGGCGCUAUGACAAGUCUAAACCACUCAAGUAUAAUGUUGCUCUGCCUCCUGCUAUUCUUUCAAGGUUUGACCUUGUGUACGUGAUGAUAGAUGACCCAGAUGAUCAAACUGAUUACCACAUUGCACACCACAUUGUGAGAGUGCAUCAGAAGCAUGAAGAUGCCCUUUCUCCUGCAUUCACUACUGCUGAGUUGAAGCGUUAUAUUGCAUAUGCCAAAACUCUAAAACCAAAGUUAAGUUUGGAAGCCAGAAAGAUGUUGGUGGACUCUUAUGUUGCUCUUCGCAGAGGAGAUACUACUCCCGGAAGUAGGGUUGCCUAUCGUAUGACAGUCAGGCAGCUCGAGGCAUUAAUAAGGCUGUCCGAAGCAACUGCUCGGAGUCAUUUGGAAACUCUGGUUCAACCGCGCCAUGUGCGUUUAGCAGUGACGUUACUGAAAACAUCAAUAAUCAGUGUGGAAUCUAGCGAGAUUGACCUAUCUGCAUUUCAAGAAGAAACUAAUGGUGGUGUACAUGGUGACAAUAAUGUUGACAAUGGGCCAAAAGAGGUUGAUGACGAACCUAGGAAUGGUGCAACAGAGCCAACUUCUGGAAAUGAAACAGGUUCUGGAAGUCGACGUGUGAAAAGACUUGGCUUGAGUUAUGAAUAUUUUCAGAGGGUUGCCCAAGCCCUUGUCAUGCGCCUGAGGCAGCACGAAGAAUCUGUAAUGAAAGAAGGAACUGGGCUGGCAGGAAUGAGGCAGAGAGACUUAAUUCAAUGGUAUGUGUCUCAGCAGAACGAGAGAAAUGGCUAUAGCUCCUCGGAGGAGGUAGCAAAAGAAGUUAUAAAUAUUAAAGCUAUUAUCCAGAGGUUGAUAGUAGUGGAAGGCCAUUUGAUAGUGGUCGAUGAUGGGAGGCCAGUAGAUGGCGAUGUUGCAGGCCAACAAUCGUUAGUAAAUAACAGGAUUUUAGCAGUGGCUCCUAAUUAUGUCGUAGAUUGAAGACAUCCGCCCUUAAAGUGAGAAUCUCCAGGUUUCUUUGUCAAUGGAAUGUGGACAAUUCAUCAUACGUGUGGAAGUUGAUCGUCUAGGAUCACAAGAAGGUAACGGUGGAUUCAUGAUGAUGACCUGAAUUGACAUCCGUAGUCAUAAUUACUGACGGUGCUUUAGGCUGGGUGCUGUAGAGGUAAAUUCUUUCGUGUUGAUUUGACAAUGCACGAGGUUAGUUUUUAAAUAUUUUAUAUGUAAUUUGAUAUAGGUUAGGUUGAGUGCUUGAUGGAUGCUAUUACAUUGUCAUGUAUCAUUAUAACUAACAUAAUUAAGGUUUUGCGGUUGUAUAAGCGAGCUGCUAUUUUGAAGUUAUAAAUUCUGAAUGCGCAAUGGAAUGGCUAGUGUUGUAUGUGUCGAAUGUUCACAUAAAA